AUGGGCAGCUUCACUUUCAAGUGGGAGCAUCCCGCCGACGAAGUCUACGUGACCGGUACCUUCGACGACUGGACCAAGAGCGUCAAGCUCGAAAAGACGGGCGAUGUCUUCUCCAAGACGGUCGACCUCAAGGAUGCCUCGAGCAAGAUCUACUACAAGUUCGUUGUCGACGGUAACUGGGUAAUCAACCAAUCAGCACCCAACGAACCUGACACUCAGGGCAACGUGAACAACUUCCUCACCCCCGACCAAAUCACACAAGAUACCGCCGCCGCCGCCAUUCUUAACACCGUCACCCCCACAUCUACCACCGCUGCGAUGGCUUCCGAGCAACCUAUCGAAGUAAAGCCUGUUGAGGAGAAGGCGCUUAACGAGAAGGUGCUUGACGAGAAGGUGGCUGAGGACAAGGCUGUCGCCGCGCUCACUUCUGAGGAGACACUCACCGAGAACGAGAAGGCGCACCCCCUCGAGACCCCUUCUGACAUCCCAGGCGGAUUCCCCGUCACACCCGCGAAUGAUCUGGAUAAGCCCGUGACUGUUGCGCCUCUUGCGAACGAGCUCGAGAAGCCCAUCAGCGUCAACCCCCUCCCCGCUUCUGAGGGCGUUGGUAACCCCAUUACCCUGGCUCCCGGCGAGAAGAUUCCCGAGUCUAUCACCGCUCAGAGCACCGACAAAUACGUCAAGCUCGACAAGGAGUCGUACGAAAAGAGCGACGCUAUCCCUGGUAUCGAGACUGAGCUCCCUCCUGUUUCUUCCAACACUAUCCCCGAGUCCAGCCUCCCCAUUAUCGGUGCUCAGGAUGUCGCCAUUAACACUGUGACCCCUGUUUCCACCACCGCGGCCCUCGCCGCCGAGGUUCCCCUUGAGCCCAAGCCUACUGUCCCCGAGGUUGUCAAGGAGAGCCAGGAGAAGGCCGACGCGGCCCCUGAAGCUAGCGCUGAAGCCGAGGGCGUCGAGGAGAAGGCCAAGGUUGAGGAGGAGUUGAAGGAGAAGGUUCCUGAGGCCCCUGCUACCUCUGAGGGCACCGCUGGCCAGGGUACCGAGAAGUCUGAGAAGGCCCAGGACGCUGGGCUGGCUGCUCUCGCUGCCACCGCUGGUGGUGCCGUCAUCGCUGCCGGCCUCACCGCCAAGGAGACCAUUGAGGAGAAGGCUGCUCCUGUGGUAAACAACGCGACCGAGGCCAUUACCGAUGCCGCCAACAAUAACCUCCCUGAUGCUGUCAAGGAGAAGCUUCCUGUAGCCGCCCAGGAGGCUCUGGACGCUAAGAACAAGGAGCAGAUCCGAGAGGAGGUGUCUCCUGAGGUCCCUGCCGAGGUCAAGGAGUCUCUCGUUGAGGCAGGCAAGUCUCCCGAGGCCGCUGCCAACACCGAAGCCGUUGAGGAGAAGAAGGUUGUUGAGGCUGAGCUUCUCAAGGAGGUCAAGCCUGUCACUGGUACUUAUGACGCCGUGGUGGAGCCUACCGGCGAGGAGACGAAGCAGGUUUCCCCCGAGGUUCCUGCUGAGGUUAAGGAGUCCAUCAUCGAGGCUGACAAGAGCCCCGAGGCUGCUGCCAACACCGAGGCUGUUGAGAACAAGAAGGAGGUCGAGGCCGAGCUCCUGAAGGAGGUCGCCCCCGCUGCCCCUGUUGAGGAGACCAAGACUGAGGCUGUUGCCCCUGAGGUGCCCGCUGAGGUUAAGGAGUCCAUCAUCGAGGCUGACAAGAGCCCCGAGGCUGCUGCCAACACCGAGGCUGUUGAGAACAAGAAGGAGGUCGAGGCCGAGCUCCUGAAGGAGACCGAGCCUGUCCCUGCCGUGGAGGAGACCAAGGUGGAAGAGGCCAAGCCCGCUACUGAGCCCGCAGCUGUUGUUGCUCCUGUGGUUCAGCCCGAGGAGGCCAAGCCCGAGACCAAGGUGGAAGAGACCAAGACUGAGGAGGCCAAGCCCGCCGUUGAGCCUGUAACGAAACCUGAAGAGGCCAAGGCUGAGGCUAAGCCUGAGCCCCAGGCGGAAACUCCCGCUGUCGGUAACGGCACCUCAGCUGCCGAGAACGGCAGCAAGGCCACCGAGACCAAGCCUGCUGAGCCCGCCGCCAACGGUAGCUCUUCGACCACUGCCCAAAAGAAGAAGCACAACCGACUGAGCUCGAUCUUCAGCAAGAUCAAGCACAAGCUGUCCGACCACAAGUAG